AAAUUAUAUCAUAAACUCAUGCAUUGUUUCAGAGCAUUUGCCAUCUUUGAUUUUGAGCUCAACCAAAUUUAUUUGAUAUUAAGAAGGGAUAUCGAAUAAACUCCUUUGUGGUAAUAAACCAUAAAAGAGAUUCAGCAUUAGAUUGGAGAAUAAAAUGUAAUGGAAGAGAAGGUCUUCUCCACUCAAUCAUUGUUAGGGAAAGUGAGAGGCAAAUAUGAUUAUUUUACAAGUAUUAUUUAACUAAUAUGUUUAGAUCGAUUACUGAUAUCGAUAUCGCAUGAGUUUGUAGACGACAUUUUUUAAGCGGAGCUUCUACUUAUGAUCUAUGCAUACUUGAGUGAGGUCCCAAACUACAAAAAUGUAAUCUUUAAGUUUUUAAAAUCAGCUCAAAAUAAAAGAACUCGAAGCUUUGGAAAAGUUUAAAAUAGAAAAUUUAAUAAAGGCAAAGGAAGAACAAUUAAAGUUGAAUAAUACCUUCAUUUCCAAAUUGUCAAGCUCAAAGCCCAAUUUAUAGGAAUAACAAAACCAAAAAAUUUUAACUUGUACAACGCUAUCAAGUGAAAACAAUGAUUUGUAGAGUUUUUCAAGCAAAUAAUUAUUGGAUGAAUAAUAUCUGAAAGUCUUCCGCGGUUUUAUGUUGUAUGACAAAAAUAAAUAAUAUUUUCUAAUGUUUGUAAGGAAGGGCUUCAGCAAUGAUAAGACUUGGAUCGAAGAAAGAGUCAGAAUCGAAAAUAUUUUAUUAGAAACAACGCAAAAAACAUCUCAUAUUUUCUGUAUACAAACCACUUUCGGAUAAUUCAUAAUCGAAUAUGAUGCAACAAUAAGUAUCUUAUAAAUACUAGAUAGAAUUCUAUUUCAUACUUCUAUCUAGAAACAAAGCUGCUGAAAAUCCACAAUUUUAACUUUUAUAAAGAAUUAAAAGUUUCAUCUAAUUGGAACCAAAAUUCCAUAAAGUAAGAAUUAAUUAUAAUAAAAUUAAGUAAAAAAAAUGUGACCUUGAAAGUAAGUUACUGUAUGCUGUUAAUGAUAUCGUAGAUGCAGAGGAGAGAAUAUAUGCAUCAAGAUAUGGAACGUAGUUAGUCGAGUCUAGAAUAAUGAGGACCAAAUGCAAAAGUGACAAGACUUCUGUCCAACCCUCAUAAAAGUAGAUACCUUCAAUAAGUGUAUUACCAAAUAUGUAAGACUGCAAUAGUCUUAAUUAGAUACAAAUCAAAUGA